UUUCGCCCUGUUGUGGAAGUGAAAGAUGGCAGGGCGAAAAUCACGGAACAGUAUUUCUGUGAAGAUGUGCCCUCAGCAGAGAGCUCGUCACGAAGCCUACAACGAGCCGUCUAAAGAAACACAGAGAUGGAUGGCAGAGGCAAGACAGCGCGUGUGCACGCAUCUAAAUCAUCAAAAAUCCCGUCAGGUCUGCGACCCCACCGCUGCUGCCGAGCGUCAAAAUCAACUCGCAGCACAAUUAAAAGCCGCCGAGGCGAGGAAUCGUGUUAGACAACUGAGACUACACUAUCAAGACCUAAAGGAGCAGGAAAUUAACUUAAUGAUUUCAUGCCAGUCUAACGCGCAGAGGGCUGUACGCCUGGAGCAUUUACUCACUGUGAGAGAGAGGAAGAUAAACCACACAGACUGCAUGGACCAAUUCCAGAGACGAAGAGUUGAAGAGAUCCUAGAGGAUGAGAAAGGCCUGACCAUCAACCGCAGAUGACUGAAGACAAAGAAACAUAUUUUCUGAAUGAUCUGAGACUGAAAAUGCAGACUAUAUUGUGGCCCUGCAUACCAUUUUUUAUGUUUGAUUGUACUUUCUAGCCAAUGAACUUUGGUUUCUAGCAUGCAAGAUAUGAACAGUAAAUGUGUUUCCAUCAUA